AUGACUUCUUCAAUUCUCCUCCACUCCGAAUUCAGGCCCCAAAUGGUGAUCCCUAUGGCCCUCGAUUUCCUCCUCCCUUCCUGGUUGGAAAUCAAGAUCACACUCGCCACUUCCCUUUUCGUGAUCUUCGCUUACUGGUUUUUCGCCUACCGGAGCUCCUUGUUUGAUGGUGAUCCUUCUGUUCUUGACAAUUCUGGGGAUUCUAUUGACGCCAAGGACAAGAUUCCUCCUGGCCAUUUGAGAGACCUUCAGACUAAUUCUGCUUAUCUAAUUAAGUUGGAAUUGUUGGCUGCCAAGAAUCUUAUUGCUGCAAACUUAAAUGGCACUUCUGAUCCUUAUGCUAUUAUUACCUGUGGUACAGAAAAGCGCUUCAGUUCAAUGAUUCCUGGUUCAAGGAAUCCCAUGUGGGGGGAGGAGUUCGAUUUUUCCGUCGAUGAGCUUCCUGCCCAGAUUAAUGUUACAAUUUAUGAUUGGGAUAUAGUUUGGAAAAGUGCUGUUCUUGGUUCAGUUACUGUUACGGUUGAAAGUGAAGGCCACACAGGUGCUGUAUGGUACACAUUAGAUAGCACUUCCGGGCAGGUCUGUCUCCACAUUAAAACUUUAAAAUUGCAAGGCAAUGGCGGAAGCGCAAUUAAUGGUUAUGCUGGAGCAAAUGCUCGAAGAAGAAUUUCUUUAGACAAACCAGAGCUGACAGUGGUUCAUCAAAAGCCAGGGCCUCUUCAGACAAUCUUUGAGCUUCUACCUGAUGAGGUAGUCGAGCAUAGUUUUUCGUGUGCUCUUGAGAGAUCAUUCUUGUAUCACGGUCGUAUGUAUGUCUCAGCUUGGCACAUCUGCUUCCACUCUAACAUCUUCUCCAAGCAAAUGAAGGUGAUAAUACCACUAGAAGACAUUGAUGAAGUACGAAGGACUCAACAUGCAUUUAUCAAUCCUGCUGUAACAAUUAUUCUUCGCAUGGGUGCUGGUGGGCAUGGUGUACCUCCGUUGGGAAGUCCUGAUGGUAGAGUCAGAUAUAAAUUUGCAUCAUUUUGGAAUAGGAACCAUACAGUUAGAGCUUUACAGCGUGCAGUGAAGAACUUCCGUGAAACGCUGGAAGCUGAGAAGAAGGAGAAGGCUGAGUCAGCACUACGCGCACAUAGUAGCUCGGUGAGAGUUAGUGAAAGUACGGAGAAAAUCGCCGCGGAUAAUUUGCCGAAAAAUAAAAAUACUCAGGCUUUCAUUAAAGAGGAGGUCCUUACUAGCAUACACAACGGUGUUUUCCCAUGCACUCCCGAGCAGUUCUUUACUAUUUUGUUGAGUGAUGGAUCAAAUUACACAAGUGCUUUUGUUGCAAGACGAAAAGAUACAAAUCUAGUUAUGGGACAAUGGCAUGCCGCAGAUGAAUAUGAAGGUCAAGUUAGAGAGCUUACAUAUAGAUCCCUGUGUCAUAGCCCCAUGUGUCCACCAGACACAGCGAUGACAGAGUAUCAACAUGCAGUUUUAUCUGAAGAUAAGACUAAGCUGGUGUUUGAGAUGGUGCAAAACGCGCAUGAUGUGCCGUUUGGGGCGUACUUUGAGCUCCAUUGUAGGUGGUCGUUGGAGACAAAUGCUGAGAACUCUUCUUCCAUUGAGAUUAAAGCAGGUGUGCAUUUUAAGAAAUGGUGUCUGAUGCAAUCGAAAAUAAAGGCUGGCGCAAUGCUUGAGUACAAGCGAGCGGUGGAGCUGAGGUUAGAGGUCGCCCUCGAAUAUACGAAGUCAAAUGCUCCUGGCAGCGAAAAUGACAAAAUUGCACCUCCUCCACCACCAGCUCAGAGCACUUGAUUUCCUCUCCCAAAGUCAGAUUGGGUUCCAUAUUACACUGGAACAAUGGAGACUGGUGCUGUGUUUUUGCAACUCCUCAUACUCAUUACCAUUGCCAUACCAUAUCAAUAUAUACCAAAAAGUGAUCUCCAUAUGGUCCUCUUGUUUCUUCAAGAAAGUACAGAAUUUUACCCUUUGUUUUUACAGGUAAGUUGAGUGUUCCACCAGCACAUUUACUUUGUAAAGUGAUUAAUUUUUGUUAUAUACGAGCUACUUUACACACGCAUCUUGUCGAUUCCUACGAUCAAUUGUCUUUGUGGAAUACUUGUAUGAUUUUAAUAUCCUAAACAAGCAGGGAUGGAGUGUUGUUUACUCUUCUCGUAAAUAACUGUCUACUUUCGAACUUA